GCGCCCUGAGCGCCGGGGCGGGCGCGCACCAUGAACUCGUGGGACGCGGGCCUGGCGGGGCUGCUGGUGGGCACGAUGGGCGUCUCGCUGCUGUCCAACGCGCUGGUGCUGCUCUGCCUCCUGCACAGCGCCGACAUCCGCCGCCAGGCGCCGGCGCUCUUCACCCUCAACCUCACGUGCGGCAACCUGCUGUGCACCGUGCUCAACAUGCCGCUCACGCUGGCCGGCGUCGUGGCGCAGCGGCCGCCCGCCGGGGAGCGCCUGUGCCGCCUGGCCGCCUUCCUCGACACCUUCCUGGCCACCAACUCCAUGCUCAGCAUGGCGGCGCUCAGCAUCGACCGCUGGGUGGCCGUGGUCUUCCCGCUGAGCUACCGCGCCAAGAUGCGCCUCCGCGACGCGGCGCUCAUGGUGGCCUACACGUGGCUGCACGCGCUCGCCUUCCCGGCCGCCGCGCUCGCCCUGUCGUGGCUCGGCUUCCACCAGCUCUACGCGUCCUGCACGCUGUGCAGCCGGCGGCCCGACGAGCGCCUGCGCUUCGCCGUCUUCACCGGCGCCUUCCACGCGCUCAGCUUCCUGCUGUCCUUCGUCGUGCUCUGCUGCACGUACCUCAAGGUGCUCAAGGUGGCCCGCUUCCACUGCAAGCGCAUCGACGUGAUCACCAUGCAGACGCUCGUGCUGCUCGUGGACAUCCACCCCAGCGUGCGGGAGCGCUGUCUGGAGGAGCAGAAGAGGAGGAGGCAGCGCGCCACCAAGAAGAUCAGCACCUUCAUAGGCACCUUCCUCGUGUGCUUCGCCCCAUACGUGAUCACCAGGCUGGUGGAGCUGUCCUCAGUGCCCAUCAGCUCCCACUGGGGGGUGCUGUCCAAGUGUUUGGCCUACAGCAAGGCCGCCUCCGACCCCUUCGUGUACUCCCUGCUGCGACACCAGUACCGCAAAAGCUGCAAAGAGAUUCUGAACCGGAUCCUGCACCGGCGCUCCCUCCACUCCUCAGGCCUCACAGGGGACUCCCACAGCCAGAACAUUCUGCCGGUGUCUGAGUGAAGCCCCCGCUCCUGCUGGAGGGUUUGGAGAGAGACAGCUGGU